AUGAUGGUCACAGCAGGAAACCCCUGGGGCUGGCUUCUGGGGUACCUCGUCCUUGGGGUCACAGCCCCUGGCCACACCCCAUUCCGUGCCCCGCCCCCGGAAGCACUGGCCACGCCCCGUGGUCACGCCCCGUUUGGGGCCCAAAGGAGGACCACAUCCCUGAAUCCCUGCCCCACCUCACGCCGUGGCCCGGCCCCUGACGCACUGGCCCCGUCCCCGGGAGCCCCGAGCCGCCUCCCGGGCGGGAUCUCAGCCCUGCGUCCGCCCGCAGGGUCCUCGCACCCCGGCAGCCACAUCAUCAACGGUGAGGACUGCGCCCCGCACUCGCAGCCCUGGCAGGCGGCGCUGCUCUUGGACAACGAACUGUUCUGCUCGGGGGUCCUGGUGCACCCGCAGUGGGUGCUGUCCGCCGCGCACUGCUUGCUGGACUCCUACAGCGUGGGGCUGGGGCUGCACAACCUCGGGACCAGCCACGAGCCGGGCAGCCGGGUCCUGGAGCCCCUCCUGUCCAUCCGGCACCCCGAGUACGACAACCCCGCCUUCGCCAACGACCUCAUGCUCAUCAAGCUGAAAGAGGCGGUGCCCGAGUCCAGCACCAUCCGGAGCAUCAGUGUGGCCUCCCGGUGCCCCGUGGAGGGGGACGCGUGUCUGGUCUCCGGCUGGGGCCGCCUGGCCAACGGCGGACUGCCCAGCCGGCUGCAGUGCGUGAACAUCUCCGUGGCGCCCCAGGAGGUCUGCAGCGAGGUCUACGACUCCGUGUACCACUACAGCAUGUUCUGUGCCGGCGGAGGGCCGAACCGCAGGGACUCCUGCCACGGUGACUCUGGGGGGCCCUUGGUGUGCAACAGGUCCCUGCAGGGCCUUGUGUCUUUAGGACACAUCCCGUGUGGCCAGCCUGGCUCACCGAGCGUCUACACCAACCUCUGCAAAUUCACUGACUGGAUACAGCAAACCAUGCACACCAGUUAGCCAUGGGGCCUGGACCCCGUGAAGCUGACCUUGAAGCUGAUAUAUCCUGCUGGGAGAAUUCAGAACUCCAGGCUCCCAGCUCCUCCUCCCUCACUGGAGUCGGACCCUCAGAUCAUUUCUCCCUCGGACCCAAGAGCCUAAUCCCACCUACAACCUUUACCUGCACCCCUCGUGGCAUAAUAUUUACUCAGCCUUUCAGGGGUUUUACCCUUUUGUCCUCUUCCUCAAGCUCCGGAAAUAAAGUGUAAGAAAAGUACA